GGGGUGCGGAGGGAGGUGUUUCUGUCAGUUCCGGCUGUUUGUUCGGGAAGUGGAUCCGCCGCUGCCCGAGCAGCCCGGAGGGAGCUGCGGAUCGCGAGGCCAGCACCGACCCCGCCCGCCCGCCUGCCCGGCCGCCCGGCCGUCCGCGCAUACCGCCCCCGCCCGCCAUGGCCCGGGACUACGACCACCUCUUCAAGCUGCUCAUCAUCGGCGACAGCGGUGUGGGCAAGAGCAGCUUACUGUUACGAUUCGCAGACAACACUUUCUCAGGCAGCUACAUCACCACAAUUGGAGUGGACUUCAAGAUUCGGACUGUGGAGAUUAACGGGGAGAAAGUGAAGCUGCAGAUCUGGGACACGGCAGGGCAGGAGCGCUUCCGUACCAUCACCUCCACGUAUUAUCGGGGGACCCACGGGGUCAUUGUGGUUUAUGACGUCACCAGCGCCGAGUCGUUUGUCAAUGUCAAGCGGUGGCUUCAUGAAAUCAACCAGAACUGUGAUGACGUGUGCCGAAUAUUAGUGGGCAAUAAGAACGACGACCCAGAGAGGAAGGUGGUGGAGACGGAAGAUGCCUACAAAUUUGCUGGGCAGAUGGGGAUCCAGCUGUUUGAAACCAGCGCCAAGGAGAACGUCAACGUGGAAGAGAUGUUCAACUGCAUCACAGAGCUGGUUCUCCGAGCCAAGAAAGACAACCUGGCCAAACAGCAGCAGCAGCAACAGAACGACGUGGUGAAGCUCACGAAGAACAGUAAACGAAAGAAACGCUGCUGCUAAUGCCCCAGCCCACUGCAGAGACUGUGCUGCGGUCACUCCCCCGGCCCGAGGCCCAGAAGGCUCCUCGGGGACAGUCUCAGUUUCCUGCCGUUAUUUAAAGAAUUCUCCAUGUUUUUUGUAUCGGGAGGCGCCAUCGGCACUUCCUCUCCUUCCCCCCUCGAGUGCCAAGAAGGUGUUGGAGGAGCCUGCCCUUCCCACCGGUGCCCUCCUGCCUGCUGGGGCACCUGGACUUGGCGAGGACGCUGCCAGCUGAACGGACUGAUUAACCAGUUUGUACAUAGUGUAUAUUGCUUUAACCAGCCGCACACCCUCGUUCUGCUCUGGCUUUGCCUCCUUAACGCCAACCUGCUGAACAGACCCUCCCAUGUCCUCCCAGCCAGCAGCCGCCAGCAGCUUCCCAAGGAGACGGCCUCACCUUCUAGCUGUGUCUUUGGCUGACCUGGGCCCUUGGAGUGGGCUCCAUGUUUCUCAUUCUCUCCUACGGGCUGUCCCCGGCACGCAGGGUCUGAUCCUCUCCCGAGCCCAUGUGGCCCACCUUCCUCCCCCCCCACCUGCUCUGGCAGCUGGGACACCUGGCCUUGAGGCGUGGCCUGACCUCCGCUGGCCCCAGGGCUGUUGGUCCCGAGAGGAGGUCAGUACUGAGCUUUGGCCUACUCAUUUCUUGUCCUGCCUUCUAGAACCUCUGCUGCAUACCCAGGGAGCUGUGGCUUCCAACUAAGCCCACCAUGUUUUGGUUCCAGCAGAAAGGUAGGGGUGUGACUGUGCAGAGACGGGGCUUGUAGGGUGAGCAGGGCAGUUUAGGAGCAUUAUUUUAACUGAUAAAAGUGAAGCCAAAUCAAAUGAAUCAAGCUCCUCACAAUUUUCUUCCCAAGGUUUGGUUGGCCCCGCAGCAAAAGGUGUCGUCCCACUGUAGUCUAGUGUUUUAGAGCAGUGAAUGGCUUCCUGUCAUUUGGGGGCUAGGCUCUUACCAUUUCUUGGGAAAAGAGAAGGGGCCCUACACCCUUGACCAUGAGGGGUCAGGGCUCCGAGUCUGUGCUGUAGCACCUCUAGGUGGGAGUGGGUGCCAGGGCCUGUCAAAUGAUAGGGUGGCAGCAUUGGAUCACUGACAGAACUGCUUUAGUACGAAGGUGGUAGGAUUUCUUAGCACGUGGGAAGAAAUGGCAGUCGGUGGGGGCAGCCCAUUUUGAUGGAGGCCAGUUCCCUGGAGGAAAAGCCACGGUCCUCUGCAUUCGAUUACUGCUCCCUCCCCCGGACACUUCAUUCCCUUCUCCCCUAAAAGGAUCACGUACCUGGGAAGAAUUGAUCUCAACACCGUGAUGUGUUUGACUAGAUUUCCUGUCCUAGGCGAUUUCCAGGCACAGCCCUGACUGGACAAUCACAGAUCUCACUGCAGAAUUUCCAUGUUAACACUGUGGAUGGGUUUUUAAUCAAUAAAAACUGGGGGUUUCUUCUCACCUGUCUCUCCACUUGUCCAAAGUGUCCAAAUCUGGGGUUCUGCGUGCCAAGGCUUUCACUCACCUUGGAGCUGCGGGCGUGGAUGGGCGCUGCGCCGGAGGGCUGAGCGGCACAGCCUUGUCUAGGGAGCUGGGAGCAGCAUCACAGUCCCUGUCCUUGGCACUGUCCUGGUGGAUGAGGUGCCUGGGGGGAUACGUGGGGCUCAGGGCUCCCUUGGUGAGGUGUCAUACUUGCCCUAGUACUAAGCCAGGCUGGAGCACCGGCAGCCCAGGCCAGAAUCCUUGAGAGCUCUGGCACGUGGACACCCAGGCUCAGGUGCUGGGUGAUUCUGGCGAUGACUGCCCGUCCCCGAGUGCUGCUCGCAUGAAUCAGGGUUCGCGAGUGAUGGGGGGACUCAGGGCUAGAUGGACUUGAUGUGAAAUUCCUGUCAAACUUUUAAAUGGUUUACUAGGAUUAUUUCUGUAUUGAAAGUUUCUAAUUAUGCUUUUUUAAAAAAUACUAAAAAUAAAGAUUCAAGCUGCCAAACUUC